GAAAGCCUGGAACUGCAGAAGCGGAGGCGUCCUCCAUGAUUGCGAGUGCCAAUACCACGGGAAGUUUCAGGAAAGGAAAAUGUGCCUCGCCUGCCUGAAGAACAGCAUCUGCUUCUAGCCAAGAUCUUCUCAUAACAAAGGUGAAGACAGUAACGAGUGAAGAAAGCAGAGGACCAAAAGGGUAAUGUGGGCCAUGAAGCCAGGCCACCUUCUCUGGGCUCUACUGUUCAUACAAUCCUUCUGGCCACUACUGACGGAUGGGGCCACUCGAAUCUACUACGUGGGCAUUCGGGACGUGCAGUGGAACUAUGCUCCCAAGGGGAGGAAUGUCAUCACAAACCAGCCUCUGGACAGUGACGAAGAGGCUUCCAGAUUCCUAAAGCCUGACAAGAACAGGAUAGGGAGCAGCUACAAGAAGACCAUCUAUAAAGAAUACAAGGAUGACUCUUACCUGGAUGAAGUGGUCCAGCCUGCCUGGUUGGGCUUCUUGGGGCCAGUGUUACGGGCUGAGGUGGGGGAUGUCAUCCUUAUCCACCUGAAGAAUUUUGCCUCUCGUCCCUAUACCAUACACCCCCAUGGUGUUUUCUACGAAAAGGACUCAGAAGGCUCCCUAUACCCAGACGGAUCUUCUGGGACACUGAAAGCUGAUGACUCUGUUCCCCCGGGGGGCAGCCAUAUAUACAACUGGACCAUUCCAGAAAGUCAUGCACCCACCGUUGCUGACCCAGCAUGCCUCACUUGGAUCUACCAUUCUCAUGUAGAUUCUCCAAGAGACAUUGCAACUGGCCUCAUUGGACCCCUCAUCACCUGUAAAAGAGGAACCCUGGAUGGGAAUUCUCCUCCUCAGAGGCAGGACGUGGACUAUAAUUUCUUCCUGCUCUUCAGUGUGGUGGAUGAAAACCUUAGCUGGCACCUUGAUGAGAACAUUGCCACUUACUGUUUAGACCCUGCCUCAGUGGACAAAGAAGAUGAGGACUUUCAAGAGAGCAACAGAAUGCACGCAAUCAAUGGCUUUGUCUUUGGAAACUUACCAGAGCUGAGCAUGUGUGCACAUAAGCACGUGGCCUGGCACUUAUUUGGCAUGGGCAAUGAAGUGGAUGUCCACACAGCUUUCUUUCAUGGACAGAUGCUGACCACCCGGGGACACCGCACUGAUGUGAUUAACAUCUUUCCAGCCACUUUUGUGACAGCUGAGAUGGCACCUCAGAAGCCCGGCAUCUGGUUAAUCAGCUGUCAAGUGAACAGUCACUUGCAAAGUGGCAUGCAGGCCCUCUACAAGAUUGAGGCUUGUUCUAUGGACCCUGCUGUGGAGCAGCUCACAGGCAAAGUACGGAAGUAUUUCAUUGAGGCCCAUGAGAUUCAAUGGAACUAUGGCCCAAUGGGACACGAUGGGAGUACUGGAAAGAGUUUGAGAGAACCAGGAAGAAGUUCAGAUAAAUUCUUCCAGACGAGCUCCAGUCGAAUUGGAGGCACUUACUGGAAAGUUCAAUAUGAAGCCUUUCAAGAUGACACAUUCCAGGAGAAAGUACAGCUGGAGGAAGAAAAGCAUCUUGGAAUCCUGGGGCCAGUGAUCCGGGCUGAGGUGGGUGACACCAUCCAGAUUGUCUUCUACAACCGUGCCUCGCAGCCAUUUAGCAUGCAGCCCCAUGGGGUCUUUUAUGAAAAAGACUACGAGGGCACUGUUUACAACGAUGGCUCGUCCCACCUUGGCUUGGUGGCUAAGCCCUUUGAGAAAGUAACAUACCACUGGACAGUCCCUCCCCAUGCUGGUCCUACCUCUCAGGAUCCUGUCUGUCUCACCUGGAUGUACUACUCUGCAGUGGACCCUAUAAAAGAUACAAAUUCUGGGUUGGUGGGCCCCCUACUGGUGUGCAAAACUGGUGCAUUGGGUGCAGAUGGCAAGCAGAAAGGGGUAGAUAAAGAAUUCUUUCUCCUCUUCACUGUGUUUGAUGAGAACAAGAGCUGGUACAUCAAUGCUAAUAAAGCAGCUGCUAUGUUGGAUUCCCGACUACUCUCAGAGGAUGUCAAGGGCUUCCAGGACUCCAAUCAAAUGCAUGCCAUUAAUGGGUUUCUGUUCUCUAACCUGCCCAGGCUGGACAUGUGCAUGGGUGAUACAGUGGCCUGGCAUCUGCUUGGCCUGGGCACAGAGACUGAUGUGCAUGGGGUCAUGUUCCAGGGCAACACUGUGCAGCUUCAAGGCAUGAGAAAAGGUGCAGCCAUGCUCUUUCCUCAUACCUUUGUCAUGGCCACCAUGCAGGCUGACAACCCUGGGACAUUUGAAAUUUACUGCCAAGCAGGGAGCCACCGAGAAGCAGGAAUGAGUGCAAUCUAUAAUGUGUCCCAAUGUUCUGGCCCUCGAGGCAGCCCUUACAAACGCUACCAAGCUUCAAGAGUCUACUACAUCAUGGCAGAAGAGUUGGAAUGGGAUUAUUGCCCUGAUAGGAGCUGGGAACUGGAAUGGCACAACCAAUCUGCAGAAGAAAGUUAUGGUCACAUUUUCCUGAGCAACAAGGAUGGGCUCCUAGGUCCCAGAUACAAGAAAGCUGUAUUCAGGGAAUAUACUGAUGGUACUUUCAAGACCCCUCGGCUAAGGUCUGGAGCAGAAGAACACUUGGGAAUCUUGGGUCCACUUAUCAGAGGAGAAGUUGGUGAUAUCCUCAUUGUGGUGUUCAAGAAUAAUGCCAGCCGCCCCUACUCUGUGCACGCCCAUGGAGUGCUAGAAUCUGGUACUGGCUGGCCACGGGCUGCUGAGCCUGGUGAAGUGCUUACUUACCAGUGGAACAUUCCAGAGAGAUCCGGCCCUGGACCAAAUGAUUCUGCCUGUGUUUCCUGGAUCUAUUAUUCUGCAGUGGAUCCCAUCAAGGACUUGUACAGUGGCCUAGUAGGGCCCUUGGUUAUCUGCCGAAAAGGCACCCUUGAGUCCCAUGGAAAACGAAGUGACGUGGAUCGGGAAUUUGCCUUGUUAUUUAUGAUCUUUGAUGAGAACCAGUCUUGGUAUCUAGAGGAGAAUGUGGCGACCUAUGGGCCCCAAGAACCAGGAUUUGUUAACCUACAGAGUAAGACUUUCUUGGAGAGCAAUAAAAUGCAUGCCAUCAAUGGGAAACUCUAUGCCAACCUCAGGGGUCUUACCAUGUACCAAGGAGAACGAGUGGCCUGGUACAUGCUGGCCAUGGGCCAAGAUGUCGAUCUACACACUGUCCAUUUCCAUGCUGAAAGCUUCCUCUAUCAGAAUGGACAGACCUACAGGGCAGAUGUGGUGGAUCUAUUUCCAGGGACCUUUGAGGUUGUGGAGAUGGUGGCCAGCAACUCUGGGACAUGGCUAAUACACUGCCAUGUGGCUGACCAUGUCCAUGAUGGCAUGGAGACCCUUUUUACUGUCUUGCCCCAAGAAGAAUACUUAACCACUGCCUCUACUAUAGCCAAGGAGACUGCAAAAGCAGCAAUUCUAGGAGACACUGGAGAUGGCAACAUGAAGAUGCUGGGCAUACAGAUCCCUAUAAAACAUGUUGAGAUACUAACUUCUGUUUUAACUGCCAUGGGCAUCAUCCUCCUACUUGUUGCUCUGGCUCUUGGUGGUGUGGUCUGGUACCAGCAUCGGCAAAAGAAGCUACGACGUAACAGAAGAUCAAUCUUGGAUGAUAACUUCAAACUUCUCUCUCUCAAGCAGUUAUAAAUGAUGCCUAGAGGUAUUCCCAAGAAGCACACAUGGAAUGUACACAAAGGCUUUCAAUGUGUCAAAGACUAACAGCUAACUAAUGUCAAAGGGUCAUGGGUGGUGAAGAGACAAAGACCAGAAUCAAAAUUAUUUAGGUAUUUCUCCAUUUAUUUAUUUAUAUGGAAAUUGUGUGCUCUCAUUCUCUCUAUAGUUUCUUUGCUACACUUUGGCAUCUGGGACUGAGAAUGUACCCCCCUGGUAUACUAUACCAUGAAUUUCAACAGCUAAGUCAAAUCUAAGGAAAAACUCAUUAAUUAGAAUUCUCCUGCUUUCCAGGAUCUAGGCAAGUUCAAUCUAAUGAAGAUAACACACAACUAAAAUAAAGAUUUAGAAUAUAGACAUGAUGGUGAGUUGGACGUAGGGUGGGAAUUAGGAAUCCAAAUUAUAUUUUUAGUUUCUUUGGUAAAGGAGUGUUCUGGAACAGUGAGUGGAUAGGUUGUUGCUGCUGUGAGUAGCUACAACUUCUGGAGCCAGAAACACUUCAGAAAUUCAGUUUUUUAAGUUUUUACAUAAUGGUACUGAAGAGUGUUAAGUGGUCUCUUCAUGUUUGAGGCAGCAAAUUCUGCCCAUUAAAAAAAAUUGUUAAAAUACUCAAAGACUCAACUUGGUGAUUUUGACUAUCCCUGUGUCUUCUGGGAGAUUCCUUUUCAAACAAACCUCUCAAAGAGUGGGUGUAAAGUAUGGGUCUGUCUGUCUAUUGUGAAGCCUGAAAAUUUGUGCUGUGAAAAUUGUCCCAGAGGAAACUAUAAAUAUUAUGGUGUGUAUCAUCUUAAAAAUGGAUCAGUCUCAUAGGUGGGAGAGAUUUUCUGAAUGUCAAGAAAAAUUGUCAGAGAGAGAGAGACAAGCAUGAGACAAGAUUCACACCUGUCUUCUAGGCAAGGAGAGUUGGUAACAUAUUUGCUCAGCAUAUAUAGUCUCAGCUGACCCUUUUUACCUAUGGAAACAUUUGAGAGGUCUACUCACUACCUUGUUAUCUUUCUGUAGGACAAAGUAAUGCCUUCUGGUACCUUAGAGCAGCAUUUCUUUGUCAUCUGCUCGUUUGAACCUCUUUGAAACCUUGAACAGAGAGCACAUACAUGAGAUGGAAUAGGCAAGGGGUAAGAUGCUCUCCCCUGCACUGCAGUGUCCAUAAUAUUGUACCAGAACAGCAGCAGCAGCAUCUGGGACUGUAAUGACAAUACCAGAAAUAUAUAAUACUUGACACAUUACAGAGCAUUCUAACUCCUGAUUGAAUUUGACUUACGUCCAUUCUGUUAGAGUGCUCUCCCAUUUUACAUGUGAAAAAACAAAGAUUCAUGGAGAUUACAUAAUUUUUACCCGAGACUACUCAACUAGAAGUUGAGCAGGGGUUCAAACACUCAUCUAUUUGACUCCAAACACCUGUUCCAUCCUCCUUCAGCUUGGAAAUCUCCACUGAUCUCCAUCCUUCUUGCUUAUAUUGAUUUUUACUUUGUUGCCUGUUCAGCAACUUUUUUGCUUAAUUAGCUGCCCUUGCAGAACCCACAGAGUUGAUGUUCAGCUUCACUGUAGUGAAGGUUAGAGGGGAAAACAGUCCAGAAACUAUUAUUCAUCUUGUUUUACCCUAGUAUGUUUCUGGAAAAUUUUACUGGAAAUCUCAAAAACAGUGGUGGUGGAGUAGGGUUUGGAUUGCUAGCUAUUUAAGUGGUAGCAUUUAGGCCACUGUGGAAUCAAUGCACCUGGCAGCAGCAGAACCCUUUGGCCAGUUGUUAAUGUGAAAGUUAAUGCAAACCAAGUGUACUCUGAGGACUCCAGUCAAUAGUUUUAAUUUACAUGCAUCUGGGAGGGCCUUAGCCUGCUUUCAAUUUUGAAUCUGAGAGACUAGGAGUGAGAUACUAUGGGAUGAACUUUUUUUCUGGGUUUGCAAUUCUGCUUUAGAUAAAGGAGUGGAAACUCAGAGCCUAUGUAUUUCAGAAUGAGAUGUAUUUUUGUACUGAGUUUCAAGUGUAGAUGUAGGGAGAUGCUUUUUGCAGUUAAGGGGCACUGCCAUUUAUUGAAUGGCUCAAGAUAGAAAUUCCCAGCAUUGAUAUAUCAGUGUAUCUUUGCUUUAUCUCUAAAAUAUUAUUGUUUCUUUUUCCAUUGCUCCGACCCCACUUUAUGUGAACAACUGUAAUAGCCUCCUGCUUAUUUUUCGCAAUUUCUCUGCUGCCCCUUAAAAUUGAUUUUCUACAUAGAAAAGUGGUGAUUCACAUAUAGAUUAAGCUCCUAGUUUGAACAAGAUAUCAAAGAUUUAUCUCUCUCUGAUAUAAACACACCUUGGAAAUAAUGUUAGAGGCAACAAUAGAAAUACUAAAAAAAAAAAAAAGAGGAAGGCAAACUAGAUAGGGACACAACUGCUGAAAAAGUAAAAUGGUGACAUGGCCUCAUAGGACACAACCAAAUCAAUAUGCAUUGUAGAAAUUAGAAACACAAUCUCAAAAACAGCCAAAAAGUAAAAACAUAUUGCCUAUUUGAGAAUAUCAAUUGAAUGACAGUGGGGAUCUGUCUGAAAUUCUGGAGGCCAGAAGGAAGCAGAAUGUAUUUUUUAAGUGAUAAAACAAAAAGACUAUUAAUCACAAGUUCUAUAUCAAAUAAAACUGGAUAUUCUAAGGGAAUUUGUUGCUAUCAGAAGUAUCUCUAAAGAAUUUCUAAACUACAUCUAAAUGGAAAGAACAUGGUAAAAGAAAGGAACACAUGAUUUUGAAGUGAGGAAGAGUGUAAAGGAUCUUUCACUGACAAUAAAUCCCUUGUCCUGGCAAAUCAGAGAUCACCUAGAAUUCAUUAGGCCCCUGCCAGGAAGGAGUGUCUAUGAUAUGUUUGACAGGGUCUAGGGAACUUCUAGGGCAUUUCUGGGUGAAAUCAAUUGUGCAGAGGGUUGCAGGAAUGCUGGGAAUACUAGGCAGCAGGAAUGCAAAUAGAAUGUGCCCUAAUUAUAGCCUUAAAUGCUUCAUAACAAACUCUUCCCCUGAACACAUGAAAAAUAAAGAUCGGAAUUCUGAGGUUAGGAACAAGGCUUUCAGGAGAUGAGUAUUCAAAUUCACAGUGAAGGAUCAGACAAAGAUCUGUUAAGAGGGAGAUUCAAGAAGUAAAGUUCUGGCUCAGUUUAAUUCACUAGCUAUUUAAUAAUCUUUCCCUGGCCUUUCCACAUUGAAUAUUUUGAUGUUCACAAUUUCCCCCCAAGUGCUGACAGAAAUACAUAGCUUGCCCUUGAAAUAUAUAGGUUCCUGCCAGGCAUAGUGGUGCACACCUAUAAUCCCAGCACUCAGGAGGCUAAGGCAGGAG